GAACUGUCAAAAGCGGAGAGUUACUCAAUAACAAAAAUAAGUGGACUGAGCAAGAGGAAGCAAGAGUGGAGCAAAGUGUUCAACAUCUGGAGUAUCGUUUUGUGGCAAUUGGAGGAUCCUCCGCUCUUCCAAUCAUCAGAGACACGCAUCUGACUGUGAGGCCCACAGCUAUGGUUGAAGCAGGUGGAUUCUGAUAGGGACACCUCAAUUGUUUCACAAGGCAGUCACCCCUAUCAGGGACAAAACAUUUAUGAUGCUUCAAUCUUCGAAAAAAAAGUGCUGCCAUUCGAAGGUGCUGCCGACAGACUGCUGUACGUUUUGCGUGCUGACGAUGCCCGAGUCGCUGCUGGAUAUAUGCUUUCAAUAUGUGGCCGAUCACUUGGAGACCCUCUGCGACAGGGGAAUCUUCACCUUCGACAAGAUGCGUCUACGCAAACACAUCACGCUGCCGAUGGAGAUCUGCGAGAAGCUGCUGAACGUAAAGGCCUCGAAACCGGGCAAAAUCGACACGCAGUUUUUACACAUCUUCGACAAUCUAUCAGCGACGAGACUGAAGCGCGUCAAAUUGAGAAACACGAACGUCAACGAUGCGGGCCUGAAGAUACUCCUGAAGCACAAGCUCAUCGAGCUGGAAAUAUCCGAGUGCCAGUUCAUCACGCUCGAAUCGAUUAAGAAUCUGACCGCGUUCGGCACGAACCUGGUCAGUCUGACGAUCGGCGAAAAUGUGAACAUGUUUCCGUACUCGUCGUUCGGUUUGCCGAUGCGCAUGGAGGUCAACUACGAUAAGGAGCGCAUCUUCCUGGCCGACAACCUGAAGCGAUUGACGCUGCGACGGGCGGAUUCGCUGCUCCCCGAUUUCUACACCCUCCUCCUGAAACCCCUAGGCAAAUUGACUCACUUAGAUCUAUCCAAUAGCAGCGAAUUAGGCAAUCUGAAGUGCAUAGAACAUUUAACAAAUUUGAGUUCUCUAAUACUCUACAACGUGUUCAAACUGGAUAGCGCCAUAACGUCCAUCUGCAAAAUGACAAAUCUCCGGCAUCUGGACAUAUCGCAGUCGAAGGAGGAGACGGGAAAGUUCGAGAGCGGAUCGGUGGUGUUGGCGAAGAUUAUUGAGAAUCUGCCUAAUCUCAGUUCAUUGGACAUCUCCGGUACGAAUCUGGCAGGUACCGGAGUGGCCGAGGUUAACGAUGACUUCCGAUACGCCUCGGACAUCCCCGGGCUGGGACUUCGCGUGGGAAAUCCUCUUCACUUUCUGGGAUUGUACGAAACUCAGCAUGACGCCUGCCUACGACAUGAUAUCCCCGCAAAAUUAAUUGCAGGUAAUGCUAAUGAAGAGCAAAUUUUAGUAGCGGCCAUGGCGUACAUAGAACGUCCAGAUAUGCUGCAGAAGGUACUGAACGAGUUGUUCCACCUGUUUCGUUUCGAAAGCUGCCAGCACAUUGGACAGGCCUUACACAUCGUCUUGGAAUCGAUGAACAGGCACAUAAACGAGAGGCAUAUCCAGAUUUCCGGAAGUGCUACACUUUUUUAUAUUGUCAAGGGGACAGGCGUCGAACUGCACGAGGUGUUUCAAGUCAAAAGACGUAUAAUAACGACACUGUUGAAUGGUAUGUGCGUGCAUAGGAACGAUGACACGAUGAUGAGGAACGGAUGCUUAACUUUGUGUCAGUUCAAAAUACCAGCGGAUGUGGUUUUUGACUACGAACGUUUGGUGGAGAUUCUGCUGCACUCCGUUUAUGGUAUGCAGCAGGAGAGUUUUGUGCAGCGAAUCGGGAUUUACCUGCUGAAUUCACUCGCCUGCCAGGUGGAUCGACAGCAGAAAGUCAAAUUGGGAGAUCUGGGUGCAAUAACUAAGAUGCUUUGGCUCAUAAUGGAUAGAUUGGCCAAAGGUUUAUGCGAUGAUGUGCUGGAGGUGGCUUGGUCUACCAUGUGGAACGUCACCGAUGAGACUCCGCAGAACUGCAAAAAGUUCUUGGAAAAUCGCGGGAUGGAGUAUUUUUUGGAAUGUUUGCAGAAAUUUCCGGAUAAGGAAGAACUCUUGAGGAAUAUGAUGGGUUUGCUGGGAAACGUGGCGGAGGUGAGGGAGUUGCGUUACUACCUGAUGAAGCGCGAAUACAUCUGCGUGUUUUCGAACCUCCUGGACUCGCUGAGCGAUGGUAUUGAAGUCAGUUACAAUGCGGCGGGCGUGAUCUCGCAUAUAGCGUCGGAUGGUCCCGAAGUGUGGACCAUAAAGGAGCCGAGUCGAGAUUACGUCCUGAAUCGGAUGAUGAUCGCGAUAGACCGAUGGGACCUCGGCAGUCACCGGAACAUAAACUACAGAUCCUUCGAACCAAUUUUAUAUCUAGUUAAGAUCUUCGAUACGCCCGAAUGUCAGCGAUGGGCCGUCUGGGCUUUGGCCAAUCUCACCAGAGUCUACCCCGAAAAAUACUGCAAUUUGGUUAUCGCCGAAGGCGGUGUAACAAUAUUACAAGAGAUAUUGAUGCAUCCGGUGCCUCCGUUCGCCGUCAAGGAUCUAGCCUCGAUCGUAGUAGCCAAUUGCUCUUAUUAUAAGGACAACCGAUUCGAUUGUUUGGAUGGAUAAAUUCAUAUUAUUAUUGAGAUAUAUAUUUUUUUUAAA